UGGUGUGGCCGGUCGGCCUGCUCCGCUGUCCGGCGAGCGCAGGUCGUGUCCCGGGUCUGAGGGGGCCGCGCCAGCUCCCCGCGCUCUCCUGGUCUCUCAGCUCCCGAAGCCUCGGGCCUCCCUGGAGCCGGGGAGCCGCCGCCGCUUGUCCGCUUGUUUCGUGCGCGCCCGGGGCCGCAGCGCUUCGUGGAGGCCGCGGAGGUGGGACCUGCGUCUGUUGGUGCGUGGACAGGGUCCAGCUGCGGCCAGAUGUGACGUCCUGUGAGUGGGCAGAAUGGGGGCCGUGACGGGGGCAGGGAGAGCCGGUGAGCAAGACUCCGGCGUUUGGGAAAUCUAACGCAGCGUUUAUUGCGAGUCGGCAGGCGGGGAGCCGGGAGACAUUUCCUCAGAAAGGAGAGGCCCAUGGAGCUGCCUGAAGAAUGCAGGUCUCAGGUGUGGUGCAGGGAGAACUAGUCCAGUCCAGGCAGCUGGGGACCUCAGGUGACCAUCUUGCACAUUCCUCAAUCACAGGGAAGGAUUUCAAGUGCUCAGACUGGUGUGUGGACCAAGCAUUAUUCAUCUGCCUCCAAAUUGUCCAGUGCUCUGCUUCCAGUCCUGUCCCUCUUCCUGAAGUGGCUUCUUGGGCUCAGGGACGACAUUCCCUUAGACUUCCAGAAGCUGGAGGAGGAAAUGGAUUCAGUGAUCGCUGAGGAUGUGGCUGUGGUCUUUAGCCAGGAAGAGUGGGCUUUGCUGGAUCUUACUCAGAGGAGACUCUACAGAGAUGUGAUGAUGGAAACCUUCAGAAAUCUGGCGUCAGUAGUCUCUCUAAACUUAAAUGAUGAAGAACAGUUAUCCAGUGAACAUAUAUUGGUGGGAUUCAUGAAGAAUAACACCUGGUCCUCCAUGUUAGAAGAAAUCUCCGACCAAUCACGUGGCAGUAAAGAUCAGCAUAAAAGUCAGUGGAGACACGUGAGAAGUCAUGCAGUAAAGAACCUCUGUGAAAGUAACGAAGGCAAUCAGUGUGAGAAGACCUUCCACCAGAUUCCAGCUCUUACUGUGCUGAAUAGAAACCCUCCAGAAGCAAAUCCUUUUGAAUGCUGUGAGUGUCUAAAAUGUUUUAUGGAUCACUCAUCACAUAACCAUCAGACCAGACCUCAAACUGGAUGCAACUCCUGUCAGUGUAAGGAACAUGGAAAAGCCUACAGUUGUGCCUCUCACAUACCCACUCCUAUGAGAACUCUUAGUGGAAAGAAACCCAGUAAAUGCAAGGCAUAUGAGAAGGACAUCAUUUCUGUCUCAACCCCUAAGAAUCCUGUGACUAUACUCACUGGUGAGAAACACUGUGAGUGUAAGGAACAUGGGAAAGAUUUCUGUAGAUUCUCAUCCUUUUGGACACACGUGAGAGGUCAUAGUCAUGAAAGUAGUGAAUGUUGUAAAACCAAUAACCGUCCUUCAUCUCUCGUUUUACAUAAGAAAUCUCAUGACAGAGAUAGGUGUUAUAAAUGUAAGAAAUGUGGGAAAGCCUUUACUGAUGCCUCAUCUCUCACUCAACAUGUAAGAACUCACUGUGGAGAGAGGGCUUAUGAAUGUAAGGAAUGUGGGAAAGCCUUUAGUCAGACCUCAGACCUCACUAAACAUAUGAGAACUCACAAUGGAGAAAGGCCUUAUGAAUGUAAAGAAUGUGGGAAAGCCUUUAGUUCUUCCUCAUACCUCACUACCCAUAGAAGAACUCACAGUGGAGAGAGGCCCUAUGAAUGCAAGGAAUGUGGGAAAUCCUUCAGUCAGUCAUCACACCUCACUACACAUACAAAAACUCAUAACGGACAGAGGCCUUAUGAAUGUAAACAAUGUGGGAAAGCCUUUAGUUUUUCCUCAUCCCUCACUCAACAUAUAAGAACUCACAGUGGAGAGAAGCCUUAUAAAUGUAAAGAAUGUGAGAAAGCCUUUACUUGUUCCUCUCAUCUCACUCAACAUAUAAGAACUCACAGCGGAGAGAGGCCUUAUGAAUGUAAGGAAUGUGGCAAAGUAUUUCGUUAUUCGUCAGCCCUUGCUGUGCAUAAAAGAACUCACAGUGGAGAGAAACCUUACGAAUGUAAGGAAUGUGGGAAAGCUUUCAGUCGUUCCUCAUCCCUUACUGUACAUAUAAGAACUCACAGUGGAGAGAAGCCUUACGAAUGUAAAGAAUGUGGGAAAUUCUUCAGACAAGCUUCAGACCUCAGCACGCAUAGAAGAAUUCACAGUGGAGAGAGGCCUUAUGAGUGUAAGGUAUGUGGGAAAGCCUUCAGUCAGUCACCACACCUCACUAUACAUAUAAAAACUCACAAUGGGCAGAGGCCUUAUGAAUGUAAGGAAUGUGGGAAAGCCUUUAGUUGUGCCUCAUCCCUCACCCUACAUACAAGAAUUCACAGUGGAGUGAAACCUUAUAAAUGUAAGGAGUGUGGGAAAGCCUUUAGGUAUUCCUCAAACCUCGCUUCACAUGUAAAAUCUCACAGUGGAGAGAAGCCUUAUGAGUGUAAGGAAUGUGGGAAAGUCUUUAGUUAUUCAUCUGGCUUCACUACACAUAAAAGAACUCACAGUGGGGAGAUGCCUUAUGAGUGUAAAGAAUGUGGGAAAGUCUUUAGGCAAGUCUCAAACCUCACUACACAUAUGCGAAUUCACAGUGGAGAGAGGCCUUAUGAAUGUAGGGAAUGUGGCAAAACCUUUAGGUGUUCUUCACACCUUACUGCACAUAGAAGAACGCACAGUGGAGAGGUCUUGUGAAUUUAAAGAAUGUGGGAAAGUCUAGUCGUUCCUAACACCUCGCUUUUCAUAGAAGAAAUCACAGUAGAGAGAUAAGUCAAAAGUGGGGUGUUUUAUCCCUGCUGCUAUAACUUCAAAGAGCAAAUUUUUGAAAGCCUACAAUUAAAGUAAGAAAGCAAUACUAACUCAAAGAAUAGGUCAUUAGAGCUACUUUGUGCCUUUGGGAGAAAUGACAGUUUCAUUGUAUUUGCGGAGUUGUUCUCAUCAGAGUUUGUUACUUUUUUAGUACAAGCUGAAUUUUACCUUUCUGAAAGUCUUUGGGUAUUAUAAAUAAACCUGCAAGGAGUAGCCUUGAGCAAAUGUGUUUUUAUGUUUUUUAAUGUUUUUAUUGGUAUUUUGUAUACAAUAAAAUAUCUUGUACAUGGUUUAUGAGUAUUUUUAUAUAUAAUAUAUUUAGUCAUGUCUUUUAAAUGUAUUUUACCUUUUAUAAUUAGUAGGUUCUCAUAGGGCAAUACUUUGAGAUUGUAUAGUAUUUUGUUUUUCAUCGUACUUUGACCAACUUUUAGUAUGUACUAGUAAUCAUUAUCUAUGAUUAUUGUGACUGUGGUGUUUACAACAUGGUGUUUUUUGAUCCAGUCAUUUCUUCUAUGCUUAUUAGUUAGAAUUCUGAAAGAAAAAAACUUUUCUUUCUCUUCCCGUUAUUUAUUAAAUUGUUUAAAGCAGUACUGACAGUCCCCAAAUUACAAAUGAGUUCCUUUCCUAUGUUUGUGUUUACAUUGAAUUUGUUUAUUAAGUCAGAACAAUUAGGUACAGUUCAUAUCUAAAGUCAGUUAGUCAAAUGUUUGUCUUAGUAUACAGUGUGGUAGUGUACCUUUCUAUACAUAAAAUCAUUAAAGAAACUUCUAGAUGCUCUAAAACAACUUUAACUUAAUAAUACGGUAAUAAUAUCUUGAUGUGUGUUUUUAAGUAGUUCUCGUUUGUUAUUAGGAACCUUUGCGGAUUCUUUGGAUUCCCUCUUGCUCUACCCUUCCCAGCCCCAACUUUGGGAGGCAGGAGUGCUGCUUGAAUGGGUACUGAGCAUGCAUAUGAUCACCAUGAGGUGGGAUGGGUGGGGAGGAUAGGUAAGCACUGAGCAUGGACCCUGCCCCUGUGUGGCUCCUCAUGUGAUGUCACAGGGCUGUCAGCUUUUGCCUGGCUCCAAGCUUUAAGACCGAGCAGCAGGCAAAUGCGCAUCCAGUGAGCAGAGGAUAUGUGGCUUGAAUUCCUGUUCGAGGGAUUAUUAAUUUUUAGUAGCUUUUACAGGGUGUAGUUCAUGAAUAUGGGUUGUACAUAAGUUGUAUGUACGUAAGUUCGUAACCUGGGGAUUGCCUGUAUAGGAUAAUCCAUGUUGCUUUAUUUUAUUUUUUGCUCAGAUUGUCCCAAAUUUGGUUAUGAGGUGCUCUGUUGAGUAGGUUCCUGUAUUUUUUUCCGCAUGUCCCGAUUAUAAUCUGUGAUUACUUUCUGCCAGUGUUCAAGGCUCAUCUUUGGUUUUUUUUUUUGUACUUUUGGUGAAAGUUUACAGUUCAAGUUAGUUUCUCAUACAAAGAUUUAUACACAUAUCAUUAUCUGAUCCUACUUGCAAUCCCUAUAAUGUGACAGCACACUCCACCUUUCCACCCUGCAUUUCCUGUAUCCAUUCAACCAGUUCCUAUCCAUUUCUGCCUUCUCAUCCUGCCUUUGGACAGGAGCUGCCCAUUUAGUCUUGUGUAUCUUUUUGAUCUAAGAAGCACACUUUUCAUGAGUGUUAUUUUAUGUUUUAUAGUCCAGCCUAAUCUUUGUCUGAAGAGUUGGUUUUGGAAAUGGUUUUAAUUCUGUGUUAACAGAGUCUGGGGGCCAUGUCUUCUGGGAUUCCUCUAGUCUUGGACCAUUAAGUCUGGUCUUUUUAUGUGAAUUUGAGCUUUGCACCCCGUGUUUCUCCUGCUUUGUCAGGGACUCUCUGUUGUGGUCCGUGUCAGAGUGGUCACUGGUGGUAGACAGGCACCAUCUAGCUCUUCUGGUCUCAGGCUGAUGGAGUCUUUGGUUUAUGUGGCCAUUUUGUACCUUGGGUAACAUUUUCCCUGUAUCUUUGGUGUUCUCCAGGGUUAUCUAAAAUCUGUCCUUUCCUGCCCAAGCCCUGGAACCAGAUUUUUCUUCAAGAAAUUCUGGUUCUUUUUAUUAGAAAUGGAUGUUUAGAAACAAACAUCUGGCUACUCGGUAUUCUUAUUACUACCGGGCCCUCCAGGUGGAAAGAGCUACAAAAUAUAUUUUUGUGAGUAUACUCAUGAGACAUAUUUAUGUUUAUUUUUACAUGUAUCUUUAUACAUUUCAAAAACCAUAAGAUGGUACACAUAUCUCUGAUUCCAGUGCAACACCACAGGGUUCAAUUUAGCCUCUUUGCCUUUCUCUGUUACUCCUUUCUCUAAUAGUAAUACUGCUGCCUCUCAUUGUGCACAAUACUUUAUUUGCUGAGUCUUAGAAUAUAUAUAAAGUCAUUUCAGAAUUGCUGUGAGGUGAUGAGCCACCUUGCAGAAAGCAGUUUGACCUUUGUUCGAGGUUCUUGAGAGUUGGACUGCAUGUGAGGCUGAGUGAGGGCAGGUAGAAUCAGAGGGACCACCUGGUGGCCUGAUGCUAACCUCUUGAGGCAUAAUAAAGGUAUUUCAUGCAGGACUGGCCAAUAAAAGCGCCAAUGUCAGAACCUUAAGGGAGCUUGAUGGAUGGUGAGAAACAUCGAUCGAUGCGGAGGGUAGCACAUUCUGGAGACGUGGCAGCUCUGCACUGGGACUCUCCCAGAGCUUGCCCCAUGCGUCUCUUCGUCUUUUUUUGUUGUAUUUAAUCCAUUAUCAUAAGCCUGGCCUUUUUGUGAUAUCUGUGAGUCAUCCAAGUGAAUUAUUGAACCGAAGGGAAGCUCAGCAGUGUGGGGGCUGAGUGCCCUUGAUCUUUUGGCUGGUAUUCUCAGGGAGUUAAAGGGAACCUCCAGACUUCUAGCCAGCAAAUCAGCAGUUCAGAGUUGUUCAGACUUCCAAACCUGCAGCUGGAGUCUGCCUCUUGGCUGUGUGAAGAAUGGUACCCUUUUAACUUGUGAGGUCUGGCCUAGCCCCAGGUGGCUGGAAUCAGAGGGAGAAUCCUGUGUGAGUGGCUUUUGUCAAAACUAAACAAAGACAGGAAUCUGAGAUUUCUACAUGAUGCGGUUGGCCUGUGAAGUAGGAUUUCUUGGUCUCCUUGGCAUAGAUGGUAAGCAGGUGAAGCCAUUAAGCUCCAUCUGACCCUAAAACUGAUGUCUCAACUACUGUAUUACAUGAUUGGUGGAAUUUUAAUGACAGAAAAUGGUUUGACCCAGGCUGAUGUGUGUGCCCCUCAUGCCUGUACACAGUGAGGACUCAAGAACUAACUGUUAAUGAGUGAGUGGAUGAAUAAAUGAAUACAUUUAGAGGCAAUCAGACAGGGACUUCCUCAGUUUCCUGUCUAUUCUUAAGUUUCUGCUCCUACACCCACACACAACUCCAUAUUCUGCAUCUUAGUGAAAAAUUUGUCCCUCUUCAUAAACUCUGCCCCCUCCCUUCUUUUCUGAUGAUCACACCAUCAAUCAUUUAUUCUCUGUCCAUCAUCUUCAAUAUCUCCUGUCUCCUGUGUGUCCUUAGUAUCAAAUCUCUCCAACCUCAUUGAAUCCUCUUCUAGCUGUUUUUCAGCUCUUUUCACAAUCUUCAUGUUUACAUUUCUUUGGAAAUGUGCUACAGCCACCCAUAUUCUUGGCUUCAACCACAAACCAGAUUAACUCCCACAUGUCCAUACUUCCAGCAGAAUUCUCUUCCCUAGGCGUAAGCCCCAAAUAGCCUAUAAUCACUAUAGUAGGCUCCAAAGAGUUUAUCUUGUCAUAGUCGUAUCCUUUAGCCGCUUCACUACUUCCAACCGAAUGUUUUUAAAUUCAGCAUCUAAUUGUAUCUCUCUUUUGCUUAACCUAUAUUUGCACCUCACCUGUUUAAAAUGCAUUUCCUUCUCUGUCUCUUUAAUUUUACAUCAAGACUUGUCUGUAAGGCCACCACUUCUAGGGACCUUCUGUCAUUACCCCAACUGCCCUUUCUCUGUACUAUCCUGGUACUCCUGUUUGACCCAUGGUAUAGCACUGGUUAUGCUAUCUCUCUCCCUGUAUAGAGAGCUUCUUGAAGUAGAGUCUAUGCUUGAUUGUCUCUGCUUCUCUCUCUGUGUGUCACACCAAAGGCCCUCAAAUGCUUGAAGCAAAGAAUGGAUGGGUGAACUAAUGACUUAUCACACAUCGGGUUCAUCUUGUAUCACCAGCACAAAGAACAGGUCCUAUCAUAGACCAUGCAGCCUUAAUGAAUGUGGAAUGGGUGAAAAUAAAAAGAUAAUGAUGAAAUGGAAUUUUCCAAUGACUGGUGUCUUAGUCACCUAGUGCUGCUGUAACAGAUACCACAAGUGGAUGGCUUUAACUAAGAGAAGUUUAUUCUCUCUCAGUUAAGUAGGCAACAAGUCCAAAUUCAGGGUGUCAGCUCCAGGGAAAGGCUUUCUCUCCCUUGGCUCUGGAGGAAGGUCUUUGUAAUGCAUUAGUCAUCCAUUGACCUGGGAGCAUCUCCGUGUAGGAACCUCAGGUCCAAAGGAUGUGUCCCGCUUCCGGCAUGGGUUCUUGGUGGUAUGAGUCCCCUUGUCUUUCGCUUCUGUCUUCUAUAUCUCAAAAGAGAUUGGCUCAAGACACUAAUCUUGUAGACCUCAUUGAUAUAACUGCUGCUAAUCAAUCUUACUACAUCAUAGUGAUAGGAUUUACAACACAUAGGGAAAUCACAUUAGAUGAUAAAAUGGUAGACAAUUAUACAAUCAUAAAAGGGAAACAUGACCUAGCCCAGUUGACAGAUAUUUCUAGAGGACACAAAUCAAUCCAUGACAACUGGUAACUGGAAUGAAAGAAGAGUGGUCCUGCAGGUAACGUCUAGAGGUCUUUCUCCGAAAUAGAAUGUGUCUUUUUUGUUUUCUUUCUUACACGUGGUGCCCUCAUCCACACCACAAUUCCAGGUAAAGAGAAUUUUGGAAGACGGUGGUGGGAUCCUUAGUGCUUAUCUUGGCUGAAUCUUGUCCAGUGACUGACGUUUUAUAAAAGCAAAUAAUUAAAAAUGAUAGGGCCUCUUGUUCUUUAAAUAUUACAUUCUUAACGUGACUUCUUAUCUAAAAAUCUCCCCCAUCAAACCUCUGUUCUGUCUCUUGGGUACACAAAAAAUAAAUGUAAUACUUUUGCCAUAUGGAACUCCUAAGUAUUCUGACAUAUCCUCCAGGUCUUAUACUUUCUAGGCUAAAUAUCCUCAUUUCUGUACCUGUGAAUGUUUGGCAUUCUGCACCCUCAGUUUUUUCUUUACACUUUUGUGGACAGUGUCCUUGGUGGAUUAAAGCCAAUAUUCAAGAUAAGGAUAUGCUCAUUAAGUAAUACAGUCAAACUAGUCCUGGUUUUCAGAACAGCUUAGUUCUGUGGAAUCAGACCAAGCUCAUUAUGAUCUACAGUGAUGCUGAAUUCAUAACCAAAUGGAAUAUCUUACAUAUUAUAGUGUUUUUAAUUUAAAAAGUAAAAAUAAAAUUGAACAGAGUCCCUAAGAAUAACUCAUUCACAAUAUAUUUGGUAUCUGAAAGUAGGACAAUCAGGAGUGCCCUGAGAAGGCAGAGACGGAAAAACUGCAUGACUGUAGGUUUUAUCAAGGAAUAGAUAUGGGUCAGGCUCAACGGAGGUGAGCAGAUGUUUUGGAGAGUCAUCGAUUUCAUAGAGUACUUCUGGAUGACCACAAGUCCAUGGAGUUGUCUGAAGUGGAACGGAGUGGAAAUUCCCCAGUAAUGAGGUCAGUGGAAUUAGAUACCAAAAUAGUUGAUAAAAAUCCAUGCAGACGCUGAAGCCCCCAGAAGUGAUGAAGAAUUUAGGACACAGUAAGGAGGGGCCAGCUUCAAAAGCGAUGAGUCAGUCUAGUAAAUGCCUGGGCGGUGGACAGAUAACAGUCAUGAAGAGAAGCUGGUAUAGACAGAAGGCAGUAAAAGGAACAAGAGAUUUUACAUGAGAGUGGAGGAAGGUCAGCCCCCAAAUGGUACUAGGAAUUGAGGACAAUUCUGAUCUUACUCUUGGAAUCAGAGCUACAAAAUGUUGGAUAGAUUUUUUAAAAUAGAGAAACAACCUGGAGAAAGGACACUUUUUCACACAAAGUAGAUUGUCCACCAAGAAGAGAACGGGGAAUUCCUGGAAGAAAGGUUUGUCCACUUCAACCCACCUUUAUUUUCCUUACCAUGAUUUCUUUAUCCCCUUUUGCAUAUCAUUCCUUCAAGGGUGUUUUCCAACUUUUAUUUAAAAAAAAAAAAAUUUUUUUUUUUUUUAGCUCUGCUUUAUUCUGCUUGAGUUUUUUUUGUUGUUGUUGUUACCUAUCUUUAAGUUUGCAAAAUCUACUUUCUGCUGUGCAUCCAAUGAUAUUAAACCUUCUACCCCUUCCAUUUUUUUAACUCUGGUUAAGUACAGAAUUUCUAGCUGGUUGUUUUCAAAUCUGCAGUGUCAUUGUUUCCAGUUUCUGCCUUUUAUCCUCAUGGCUAUGGAAGUGUAGGUGUUUUACAUGUGUGUGUCUGUUUCUGUUUUCUAUGCUGGCUCAUUCCCUGUGUGCCCUGUGUGCCUAGUAAUUUGUUCUGUGAUAGACACUGUAUUUAUUAGGUUUUCUUAUUACUCUGAACAGUUUUUAACAUACACUAAAGGACAAAACCCGUAUGUUUGUUGUAAAAGAUCAGUAGGUAUCAAUAUGUUAGAUGUUUUAUUUAAACACAUAAUUGAAGAUACAAAUAUCCUUACACAGAUUUUUUUUUUUUUUGUGGGGUGGGAGGUUCAGGGGUGCCUAUGCCAGUUGUCCAGAGUUGCUACCAAUCUCUGAAAUCUUAAAACAUUCAGAGCUUGAGAUUCCCAUUUGGAUGGCUCAUAGCCAGGCUACAAAUUCCUUGUGUUAUGUUGCUAUGGCUCCCACUUUUGGGAAACUUGACCUCCAACCUCUGCCCCUACCUCUGAACAUUGUUUCCGUCAUUUUAUAACUGAGUCAGCCUCAUUUUGAUAAAGUUCAUCUGAAAUGCUUGACUUCUGUCUCUCGAAUUCCGUAUUCUUCUGAAUUAUGUCCAGCAAUUCCUCAAUAUCUUAUUUCCUUAAUACUUUUAGGAAGAUGUAUCUUAUUUCACCCAGGUAACUUCAGUGUAACACUUGGUCCAAUCUACUGAAAGCAAAAGUCUCAUUUAUCCAUUGAACAUAUUUACUAAGAUUUAGCAUAUCUUUCUAUGUUUUUAUCUUUAUUGCUCUCUUGAUGGAUAGAGGGAGAGACAGGGAAAUAGAUAUAUGUUGCAAUUUAAGAACUGUUGCAUACUCAAAGUAAUUUAGGCAUCUCACAAAUAUGGUGUAGUUGCACUUAAUAAAACAGGAUGAUUUCCUGGGGACUGUGUGAAUACUGCCGGAGAACCAUUUUCCUUACCGAUAAAUCUUAGAAGCUGAGGGACUGUUUACUACAAUACUGUAAAAUAUGUUCCAGGAGGGAUUUACAGGUUUUUUAAAAAUUUUUAUUGUGCUUUAAGUGAAAGUUUACAAAUCAACUCAGUCUCAUACAAAAAAUUAUAUACACCUUGCUAUAUACUCCUAAUUGCUCUCCCCCUAAUGAGACAGCCUGCUUCUUCCCUCCACUCUCUCUUUUCGUAUCCAUUCCACCAGCUUCUAACCUCCUCUGCCCUCUCAUCUCCCCUCCAGAUAGGAGAUGCCAACAUAGUCUCAAGCGUCUACUUGAUCCAAGAAGGUCAGUCUUCACCAUCUCUUCCUAUACCAUUGUCCAGUCCAAUCCCAGUCUGAAUAGUUGGCUUUGGGAAUGGUUCCUGUCUUGGACUAACAGAAGGUCUGGGGGACAUGACCACCGGUGUCCUUCUAGUCUCAGUCAGACCAUUAAGUCUGGUCUUAUGAGAAUUUGGGGUCUGCAUCCCACUGCUCUCCUGCUCCCUCAGGGGAUCUCUGUUGUGUUCCCUCUCAGGGCAGUCAUUGGUUGUAGCCAGGCACCAUCAAGUUCUGAUCUCAGGAUGAUGUAGUUUCUGGUUCAUGUGGCCCUUUCUGUCUCUUGGGCUCGUAAUUACCUUGGGAUUUACAGGUUUUCAGUUCUUCAUGCUAGAGAGAGAACCCUGGCCUCACCUUAAUUUUCAGUGACAGAAGGCAGUGGUCUCACCCUGCAGCCCUUUGCAUUGUUGCAUAAUCCAUUGCCGUUGAGUUGAUUCCAACUCAUAGCGACCCUCGAGGACAGAGUAGAACUCUCCCAUAGAGUUUCCAAGGAGCACCUGGUGGAUUCAAACUGCUGACCUCUUGGUUAGCAGGUGUAGCUCUUAACCACUACGCCACCAGGGUUUUGCCACAUUGUUGCAUAGCGGGGGAUUAUUAUGGAGUUUCCCCAUGGGAGAGCUAAGCUCCCUCUAAAUCCAGGCUAUGUUGAGUCAGUACAUUUAUGUAAAUAUGUUUCCAAGACUGUACUCCACUUCUUAGAAGACCAUACUGUUUCUGCUUAUGUCCCAGCAUUGCAGAGAAGGCCUUUGACACAGGGAAUGCCCUGUCUUUCUGCAAAGGGUAGUGAGGGAGGGAGACGGGGACAAAGUCAGGUCAACCGCAUUGUUCUCAUUUGUCUCUCAGAGCAUCAGAGCAUGCUCCCAAUGAAAGAUUGACAUCGUAGGGAUCAAAUAUCCCUUAAAUGUUUAUUUAACAGAUCUAGUCUUUUUUUUUAGUCUAGAAAAAAAGGAGCCCUGGUGGCACAGAUGGUUAAGCUGUCAGUUGCUAGCCUAAAGGUUAGCGAUUUGAACCAAUCAGUGACUGAGCAGGAGAAAGACCUGGCAAUCUGCUUCCAUAAGGAUUACAGCCAAGAAAACCCUAUGGGGAAUGUCUCCUCUGUCACCUAGUGUCCCUUUGAGUCAAAAUCAACUGGUCAGCCACUAACAACAAAAAUCAUCUAAAACAGAUAUGAUGACAUUAUUUGUGGACAAAGGAUUUUGAGAAUUACAUGUCAUUAUUUUCUCUUGCUCCAUAAAAAAAAAAAAAGAGCCCCUAACCAAGGGGUUUAAAACAGUCGUCAACAUAUAUUAUCUCAUCAUUUCUAUGGGUAGGAAUUCAGGAGUGACUUAGUUGGAGGAAAUGAUUUGAAGUCUCUGAUGAGGAGGAUGCUGGCCAGUGCUGCAGUCAUCUGAAGACUGGGACUGGAGGAUCAGCUUCUGGCUGUUGGCAGGAGACAGCUACUCACCAUGUAGGCCUCUCCGUGGGGCUGAUUGAGUGUCCUUACAACAUGGUGGCUAGCUUCCCCUCAGAGUGAGCAAGGCAAGAGAGAGCACAAAGAAGGCUGCAGUACCUGUCGUGAACUAGCUUGGGAAGCCACAUUCUGAUGUGUCUGCACAAUUGUAUUGGUGUCACAGCUGAGCCCCUAUUCAACGUGGAAGAGGACUGCAUGGGGACACGAACACCAGGAGGUGGCAAUCCCUGGGGGCCAUCUUGGAAGCUGAAUACCACAAGUAGGUGCUGCAAAUCUAAUGACUUAAUGACUGGAAUGACAUGUAGAAAUGGAAAGAGCCUUAGAGUAGAUCUUUUGGGGCAACAUAAUGUGCUGGAAGAUCCACAAAAACGUCCUUGGGGAGCAAGCGAUUAAAAUGUACAAAAACGAGCAUUCUUUGCAAUGACAUCCCACACACUGAGGAAGAGAGCGGAUUUCUGUAUGAGAUAUUACCAGUCGGGGCCCUCUGCAUCUCAGUUCACCACCAUACACUAAUGAGAACGGUAAAAACUGGAAAACGGAAGUCACUGGAGAGUCAUCAGAACUGUCAGCUCUUGGCACUGAGAUUGGGCUUUCCACUGUCAGCCUCUAUCAGCGUCUGUGAUCAUGAAUGUUUGCUUUGUCCUCUUGGUCUGGACCACACCCUUGGUUGUCUCCUGUUGAUUUAGCCACACUUUAGCCCCUUCUCGUCCCCCAGAAUGUUCUUCAUCACAGUAAAUCCUCCGUCUAUUCCUCGGUGUAGGCAGUCCUUAGCAGACAAUGGGGUAGCAUCAUCUCACCUCUCACCCCAGGGCCCGUUUCCAGUUUGUGGACGCCAGGCUCUUCCUUCGUCCCUCAUGGGGCCUCUGGAAAUCCAAGGGGGCCAGGGUGAAGCCCAGUGUCUUCUCAGGUUCUCUAGCCAGUGCAGACUUUGCACCACUGCUACCAGGGCCCUAUUUUACAACAGGGCCAGACUCUGAUCAUGUUCCCCAAGAUUCCCAAGUGGGACAGGUAUAUAGCCCCUAUUUUCUUACUUUUAGGUUUUUUAUAUUUUUUCUUCCUCUUUUGAAGACACUCCCCUACGUCAGUGAUUCUCAACCGGGUGCCGUUUUCCACCUCAGAAGAUUAUCUAGCAAUAUCUGGAGGGAGGCAUGUGCUAAUAACGUCUAGUGUUUUGGCGGCUGAGGAUGCCGUUAAACAUCCUACCACACAUGAAUUCAUCCUGGGGUACUCAGCCCUAGUGGAAGACAGGGCAUGGGGAGAGAAACUGGCUUAAUGUGGGACAAAGUCCAGAAAACAAAACAAAACAAAAAAUAUAAAAAUGUCUGUCUUACGUAGCAACUGCCAACGUUUACUUGGUACAUGACCUGUGACAUUUCUUGUGCUGAUGUUUUACCAUAGUUGCUCAUUUAAUCCUCAUCACUCUUACGAGGCACAUGUUGUCAUAGCCUCUUUUUCACGGAUGAGGAAAUUGAGGCACAGGGAGGGUGAGCAUUUUUCUUGGAGUCACCAUCUAUUAGGGUGGCAUCAAGAUUUCAACCCAGAAAGGGAAAGAUAAGUUCACACUUCAGUGCUGUGCUCCAUCGUCCUUGGACACACUCAUCCAGCACAGGGCAUUUGUGUUGUCACUAGGAGGAAGACUCACUGCAGAGAAGCUCCCUCAGGAAUCCCUUCAUGUGUUUGUUCUCCAAGCAGUAGAUAACGGUGUUCAUCACGGGAACAUCCAUGGUGUACAAGACUGUGACAAACACAUCUGCCCAAGAGGCAUAUGUCGAUGUAGAAUUGACAAAGACACCCAGGCAGGCUCCUUACAACAAGGAGACAACUGAGAGGUGAGACCCACAGGUAGAAACUGCUUUAUACUUCCUGGUCUGGAUUGAAUUGUAUCCCCCCCAAAAUAGGUGUUAUAAAUCCUAACCCGUAUGAUGGAAGAUAUAAUCCCAUUUGGGAGUGAGUUUUCUUUAUUAUGUUAAUGAAGUAGAUUAGCGCAAGAUGUGUCUUAAGUCAGCCUCUUUUGAGAUAUAAGAAGGGCAGACCGAGCAAAUAACCAAGAAGCAAGCAGAGAUGGGGGAACAUAGAUGCCACACCACAUCAAGAUCACCAAGGAACUGAGAUCAGAAACUAAAAAGAAACAAGGUCCUUACCCCAUAGCCCAUAGAGAAAGAAAGAUAUCCCAAGAGCUGGCACCCUGAAUUUGGACUUUUAGCCUUCUAAACUGUGAGAAAAUAAAUUUAUGUUUAUUAAAACCACCCACUUGUGGUAUUUCUGUUGUAGUAACGUUAGAAACCUAAGACAGAAUUUGGUACCAGAGAGUAGGGGUCUGCUCUAAAAAAUACCUAAAAUGUGGAAUAGGUUUUGGAAUUGGGUAAUGGGUGGAGGCUGGAAGAGAAUGGCUAAGAGCUCAGCUGCUAACCAAAAGAUAAGCAAUUCAAAUCCACCAGCUGCUCCUUGGAAAUCCUAUGCGGCAGUUCUACUUUGUUCUGUAGGGUUCCUAUAAGUCGGAAUUGACUUGAUGGCAAAUGUGUGUUUUGUUUUUUAAUAGUAAAAGCCUAGAUUGCCUUGAAGAGAUGGUUGGUAGAAGUAUGGACAUCAAAGGCAAUAUUGGUGAGUGCUCAAAAAGAAGUGAGGAGAGCCAUAGAGAAUGUCUCCAUCAUCUUAGUGAAUACGUAUAGCUCCAUCAAUACAUAUGGUGUUAGACAUAUAGACAAUGAUGGUACUUCUGAUGAGGUUAAAAAGGCAACGAUGAACCUGUGCUUAGACAACAGAGGAAGGUUGAAGCAUUUUAUGCAGUGGCAAAGAGCUUGUCGUAAUUAUGUUUAAAUGUUUGGUGUAACGUAGAACUCGUAAGUGGUGAACCUGGAUAUCUGGCUGAUGAGAUUUGUAAGCAAGAUCUUAAAGGGGCCACAUGGUUUCUUUUGGCUGCUUAUCAUAAAUACAUGAGGAAAGAGACUUAAAAAUGAACGGUGCAAAAUGAAAACGGAACUUUAAGAUUUGGAAUUCUUUUUUACACGCUAAGGAUAUGUGCCCUAAAACUCUCAUCAAGGUCUUGGUGACUUCAAUCUUUUGCUAAGAAAGAUUAAUCUUCUGACUGAUGGAUGUAUCCAACUACCUCAGCAGAAAACCCAUCAGCUUAGACUGAAAGGGGCAGACACAGAAUGAAAAAAGGAUAGCUGUCUGCCUUUUGGAAUUCUACAGGCAGGAAGGAGUUACAUAUGUUGUCUUCCAAGAAAAGAGAACAACCGUCCCUGGAGCAGCUGGGAGAUCAGCAGAACUGUUGGAAGGAACACUGGAAGCCUGGCUGACUCGAUUUCAAAGGGUGGAGCCACAGCCUCCUGUGUUUCAAAGAGUUAGAUCUCCACCAAAUUGGUUCUGGAAUAUGGGGCUGCCAUUCAGGUGUGGCAAGAGGAUUGGCCCACUGCCUAGAGUUGAGAGGGUGGGACCGCCAUUCCCAAGGGGUAGGAGAUGGUGCCUUCCAGGGCUGGGUGUGCGGGGUCACCACUCAGUAGAGGGGGCUGCCUGAAGCCAAGGGAGCAGAGUUGCCAUCCCAGUGGACUUGGAAGGUGGGGCUGAGAACUAGCUCUCAGGAACUCAGAAUCCAGAGAGCAUGGCCAUUAAUCUUUUUUAGAGGGGAAGGCCAUUGCCCAGAUCUCAGAGAGUAGAGGAUUAUUUUGAAUUCUUUAAAACUAAUUCAAUUUGUUCUACUGGGUUUUGGACUUGCUUGAUGUCCAUUAUCCCUUCUUCCCCUCCAAUUUCUCCCGUUUCUAAUGAAAAUAUCUGUCUUGUGCCUGUUCCACCAUUAUUCUUUGGAACCAGAUAGCUCAUAUUCUAGAUUUCACACGUUCACAGAUGAAGAACAAUUUUAACCCAGAAUGGAAUAUGCCUAAAGUCCCACACAUAUUUGAUUUAGACGAUUCAAAAGUUGAGAUUUUGGAAUUGGAGUUGAUUUCAGACCUUUGGGAUUGUGUGAUGGGUGAAUGGGCUUUGCAGGUGGCAAGAACAUAAAUUUUGGAAGGCCAAAGGGUGAAAUGUUAUAAAUUGAAUUGUGUCCCCCCAAAAUAUGUGUUAUAAAUCCUAACCUCUAUUACCUGUUGUUAUAAUCCCAUUUGGGAGUGGGUUUUCUUGUUACAUUAAUGAGGCAGUAUUAGUGUUGGCUGUGUCUUAAGUCAAUCUUUUUUGAGAUAUAAAAAGAGCAGAUUGAGCAAGCAACAAAGCAAGCAAAGAUGAGGGAAUAUAGAUGCCACACCACAUGAAGAUCACCAAGGAAUGGAGGAAAAGAAGUUAAGGAGAGACAAGGACGUUCCCCUGGAGCCGACAGAGAGAGAAAGCCUUCCCAUAGAGCCUGCACCCUGAAUUUGGACUUCUAGCCUCCUAAACUGAGAAAAUAAAAUUGUUAAAGCUACCCACUUGUGGUGUUUCUGUUACAGCACCUCUAGGUAACUAAGCUCACUUCCUCACUUGAGAUGCUCAGUACAUAAGAUACAGUUUGUGCAUGUGUGAAAAGGAUCCAGGCAAGAGGAAAAAAACCCCAUGAUACCUGUCACAAUAUAUAACAACGUUACUGAUGAAGGUGUUGCAGUAGGUGAGCUUAAGGACCUCGGGGAGUGCACAGAAAUAGCGUGGGGAUUCAAUAACUGUGCAGAAAGUGGCAACACAGCCAAACUCUAUGCAAGGGCCCCCAGCAUGCUGAUAAGCCAUGGGUUCAUGAUGACUGCGUAGUGCAAGAGGUGACAGAUAGCCACAAAGCAGUCAUAGGUCAACUCAGUCAGGAGAAGAUAGUCUAAAAGUCCAAAAACUGAAAAGGCCCAUGCGUGUGAUGUAGCCCACAUAGGAGACAACUGUUCUCCAUCUGGAUGUUCAGCAGCAUCUUUGGGACGUCAGAAAAGGACAGGUUGGAGAAGAAGAAGUUCAUAGGCAUGUGGAGAUGACAGUCCAAGGGGACAGCCAGGAAGAUGAGCAAGUUCCCGCAUACAGUGGUCAGGUACAUGGACAGGAAGUCCCGGGAAGAGAAAUACUGGAAGCGCUGUGUGGUUUCUUGGUUCCACGUCAAGGAAGUGUCUGGAAGGAGAGUCGCAGAAUCAACACUAAAUUAACCAACAGGCAUCUCAGAAAUGCCUAUAAAAUGUACACAAUAUAUUCAUGAGAUAAUACGUUUGCUAAUGGCCCCUUCUGUAAGUUAUGGGACUCCAAAUGGUACCAUCUUCUGUGCUGCCACCACUAGCUGAAAAAUCUAGACUCUAAACCUAACUUUGCACCCAAAGCAGACCUCAUCACUUUGACAUCCUUGACAUCUGACCAACAAGCCUUCUCAGUCUUAGGAAUAUUUGCAUUAUUUUGAAAUGCCUAUAUAGUAAUUAAAAAACGUGAGUCUCUGUAUAAUUUCCAUAAGGAAUGAGGAUUUGAAAAAUAGUUUUCCACGUACUUGAUAAAUUAAAAUAUAUAAAGGAAGAAAUUAGUCAUCAACCGAAUUUACAUCCCACAGAGAACAUGUCACCAAAAUUGUCAUUUUGAAAUAUCAGAAAAUGAAUUUGCUUUUAUUAAAAAUGAUUUGAAGACACACAAAAAGAUGUGUCAGUGAAUUGUCUGAAGGUGUUUUGAUCUUGAUAUCAAGGAGCUAUAAAAGACAACAGCACAGCAAGUCCAAAAGCAAUACAAAAACUAGUGAUUAAUCUCAUUAAUUGCAUAUAUGGGAAAACGUAAAACAAAAUAGCAAUAAAAAAAUUCAUGAAUUUACCAAGCAAAGCAAGUAAUAUGGCCAGGUAGCAUUCAAACCAAGGAAGCAUUCAGCAUUGCAUAUUUGUAAUUUAUUUGUCUAAUAGAGCACACACGAGUAGAAAAAAAGCAUACAACAAACACCUAUGCUCAUCUAAAGACUUCACCAAAAGAGUAAAAAGACCACCUACAGACUGGGAAAGAAUAUUCAGCUAUGACAUCUCAGACCAGCGCCUGAUCUCUAAAAUCUACAUGAUUCUGUCAAAACUCAACCACAAAAAGACAAACAACCCAAUCAAGA